CAAGACGUGUCCAGGGCUGCGGGGGGAGGGGGAGAGUCCAGCUCCCCCCACCUCCCGGCACCCCACGGCCCGCCUCACAAGCCCGGAGCCUGGGCCCCCGCCGCCGCCGACAGCAGGUCGGCGCGGACUGCACGCGGCCCCGCCCGGCCGAGAGGCUCGCACCCCCGCGCCGGCUCGCGUGUGGUCUCGCCCGCGCGUCCGCCUCCCGCGCCUGACCUUUACCCCGACGCCGCCCCGCCCCGUCUUCCGCUCGGCCCAAGAUGGCGGCGCCCGUCUGCUGUCGGGGGCUCCGGCCGCUGGUGCUGUCCUGGAGCCGGGAGCUGCCGUGCGUCUGGCGCGCCCUGCACACCUCCGCGGUCUGCGCCAAGAACCGGGCGGCCCGAGUCCGAGUGGGCAAGGGGGACAAGCCGGUGACCUACGAGCAGGCGCACGCGCCGCACCACAUCGCCCAUCGCAAGGGCUGGCUGUCGCUGCACACAGAACUAUUUGUUGAGCACCCACUGUUUGCGAAUAUCUGUGAAGGACACAAGGAUGAGAAGACACGUGUGACCCCUUUUCAAGGACACCUAUUCCAGCAGGGAAAGCAAGAAGCCAACAGACAACUUGAGGAUGAGGCAGGGCAGGCCCAGCGCCAGGACAGGCAAGAUGCACAGACUGUCACCUUGGCCAUGAUGUGUGUGGCACAGGUGCAGAAUUACCAUGUUGAGUGGAGGAGGGGAGCAAGGAGAGCCGCUGCCCUAACAACCAGCAGAGACCCCUGGGAGGGCACCCAGCCAGAGGGGCGUCCCCCAUGGCCUCCAGCCCGGUUACUGCUAACACCUGAGAGGAUCCAGCUCUGCACCAGCCCGGUGAUGGGCAGUCGGUUACUGAGAGCCCGUUCACAGUGAGGACACUGGGGCACG